UCAAAGAAAGCUAGAAGUCUUUUGCCACGUAAUUACGAGAGCCUUUCAGCUUCAUCUUCUCUCCCAGGGGUCUCAAUUUUUCAUUUACAAUCCACUCCACUCACUGCUUGCCAGUGUGCGCGCCGUUUGAAGUGCCAGAACGCGUGUUCCCGAGAGAAGAGUGCGGCGUGGACUGGACUGGAGUGGACAGGAGUAGAGGAGAGAGUCAACAGCGUCUGAAAGGCGGUGUCGUGUCCUGCCUCCUCUAGCCUUCAGCCAGCUAACUUUACGCGAAUGCAUCUGCAAGGCUUCAGCAUUUAGAUCCGCGCUCAGUCAACAACUCCGUGGAGCUCGAGCAGAUUUUCGUAUUUAACAACAGUGCUGAACCAACAGAAUUUUGCAGAAGAGAUUCUAUGGCUAUGAGUGGACGGAUUGAAUCGACUUUAUGGUCUUCACAGUCAUAUUAAGUUCCACAAAGUUGAAGAUACUUUACUGUCCCACCUGGAUCUGUGGGAACAGCUUUUAUAGUGAGCACAGGCAACACAGGCAACUAAGAUAUCUCGCAUUGGUUUGGAGACGCUGUUUCAUGUGAUAUUGUCUUCAAAUAUAUGCAAGGAGGAUCACUUUGGUAAUAAUACCGUUGCCCCAGCAUCGUAUUUGCGUCAUGACUUCUAGCUAUGCUCAUGUAAUGGACAGACACGCCACCAUAUCCAGCAGACUGGAGAGUCCCAUCACAGCCAACCUGGAAAACCUGCAGGCUAAAAAGAACUUCUCGGUGAGCCACCUGUUGGAUCUAGAGGAGGCUGGGGAAAUGGUUGGUUCUCAGACGGACGAGAGCGUGGGGGAACCGGGCAGGACUAUGCUGGAAUCCCCGGGUUUGACCAGCGGCAGUGAUACAACACAGCAGGAGAAUGAGCAGCUAAACUCAGAAGAGAAAAAGAAGCGGAAACAGCGGCGGAACAGAACCACGUUCAACAGCAGCCAGCUGCAGGCUCUGGAGCGAGUGUUUGAGCGGACACACUACCCAGAUGCCUUUGUUAGAGAGGACCUGGCACGCAGGGUUAAUCUCACUGAAGCUAGAGUUCAGGUGUGGUUUCAAAACAGACGGGCAAAGUUUCGUCGUAAUGAGCGGGCAAUGCUAGCCAGUAAGAAUGCUUCACUCCUCAAAUCCUACUCUGGAGAUGUAACGGCAGUGGAGCAGCCCAUCGUCCCCCGUCCUGCACCCCGUCCUAAUGACUACCUUUCCUGGGGUACUCCUGCUCCUUACAGCUGGUACCCAAGGCCGGAGGGAGGGCCGAUGCGAGUGCCACAGAAAAUGCUGCCCACAGAAAGCAACGCCAUGGCAACCUACCCACCCACUUGUGGCAACACCACUUCCACCCAGGGAAUGAAUAUGGCCAACAGCAUUGCUAACCUGAGACUGAAAGCCAAAGAAUACAGCCUCAACCAGGUGCCCACUGUCAACUAAGCCUGAAAAGAGGGAUGAGAAGAGGGGACAACAGAGGAGCACGAGAUGAUGAGAGGAUCUCAGAGGAGCUGGAAUAGUUUGCCUGUAGAAGAGAUUUUUUUUGUCGUAUCUCAGCGUACAGUGGAUGUGACAUUUCAACCCCUCCUACAACAAUGGAAUUGCACUGUAGCCCCUUUUAUUUGUCUUUUUUCCUUCAACACCAAUGGAGGGACGUUUCAGAAAACUGAAUCUAAAUUCGUACUGAACUGAAGACUGUAAGACAACGCAAGGUCUGCUCCUUGGUGAACAAGUCAAUGAGCAGGGCUACACUAAAUGAGUAGGAAGUAGCAGACAGAGUGUCUGGAUGCUGUAAGCUCUCCUUUCUUUGUUCUUUUAUGGCUUAAUUUUGGGUCAACUGGACGAGGCGUAAAGAAAAUUUCAUGGCAAACAAUGGAGGACUGUUGUUCACCACUGAACAAUUAAAAUAACACCAGGACUUGAUGUGUCUGUUUGAUGCCGAGUUUUGGCAAAAGAAUCACCAAAAACAAAUUCCACUACAGCCAGUGGUAACAAAGACACAUUAGUGGAUUUUUAAUCAGUGGCAGCUGUCUAGACAUUGAAUAUCGAUGUAUACAAUUGUCAAUGCAACUGGUCGGGUUUGGGCCGGAUUGCAACAUCUUAAUGUUGGUUCUAGACUAUUACACCACUGUUUAGGCUAAGUGCUGUUCCCCAUGGUGACUUAUGUAUCUGCUCACUGUUCACUAACACAAUUGUGUUUAAUUUUUUUUUUUGGAGGUGAUAUGAUUUUUUCGAUCAUAUUUUUCCUUCUUAUAUUUGGAAAUAUAUGGUAAUAAAAGCAUUUUCAAGCAAUCAAUCAUAUACUUUUGUGUUGGAUUCUGCAGUCGAAAAGACAUACUUUGUUUAGUGACUGUUUUACUAAAUGCUGACAUUUGAGAAACUGUUGCAGGCAACAGUGUAACUACAUCAUGACCUUGUCUAAAAUGUCUUAUUUGUGUUAGUCGAA